CCAUAAUACUCUAAAUAGAAAGGCUAAACAUGGCAGGCUCCUCUGUAGGAAUGACUACACUGCUAUGUAAUAUGAAUAAACAAGUUGCAAUAUUUUAUCCAACGAUUACUUACCAAAGGCACAGUUGGUGUGUGAUAAGGAGAAUAUGUAUGUCUGUCUCCCGAUGCCAGAGUCAAGCCCAAACAAAACCGAAAAGUGCUCCCCAGGAGCUGGUAGGUGUGGUGGGUCUGGAGAUCCAUGCUCAGAUCCACUCCAACACCAAGCUGUUUUCUGGCUCCCAGGUCGGGUUCCAGGCUCCACCUAACUCCCUGGUGUCCUUCUUUGAUGCCUCCUUACCUGGAACUCUACCUGUGCUGAACAGACGAUGUGUGGCGGCUGCAGUGAUGACAGGUUUGGCCCUUAACUGUACAAUCAACAGGAAGUCUCUCUUUGACAGGAAGCACUACUUCUACGCUGACCUUCCUGCGGGCUACCAGAUCACCCAACAGAGGCUGCCCAUCGCGGUGGACGGCACCCUGACCUACAGUCACCUGGGGGGCCGUAAGAGGAACGCGGUGGUCACCAAGAGUGUCAGGAUCAAACAGAUCCAGUUAGAGCAGGACAGUGGCAAGAGCCUCCACGAUGACUACAGGAACCAGACCCUUAUAGACCUCAACAGAGCAGGUGUGGGUCUGAUGGAGCUGGUGAUGGAGCCAGACAUGAGCUGUGGAGAGGAGGCAGCAGCAGCCGUCAGAGAGAUGCAGCUCAUACUGCAGGCUCUAGGGACCUGCCAGGGAAACAUGGCUGAGGGCCAGCUGAGAGUGGAUGCCAACGUGUCCGUCCACAGACCUGGGGAUCCUUGGGGCAUCAGGACUGAGGUUAAGAACAUCAACAGUGCCCGCAACCUGGCCAGGGCCAUAGACUAUGAGAUCCAGAGACAGAUGUUUGUCCUGGAGAGCGGCGGCACGGUGCAGAACGAGACACGGUCGUUUGAUGGCAAGACUGGUCACACCAUUCCAAUGAGAGACAAGGAGGGCCUUCAGGACUACAGGUUCAUGCCGGAGCCCAACCUGCCUCCUCUGAUGGUGUACGAGGCGUGCUCUACAGCCCCCCCUGGUGUUGCCCCCAGCCAGGUGGUGGUUCUGGAGGAGGUGAGGGAGAGGCUGCCGGAGCUGCCCAGCGUCAGAAGGCAGAGGCUGGUGGAGACCUACGGCAUCCUCCCCGAACACAGCUUCACCCUGGUGAAUGAGGACGGGCUGAUGGACUACUUUGAGGCCGUCGUCAGGGAUACUAAGGCUGGGCCGAGAAAGGUGAUUGGCUGGGUGAUGAAUGAGCUGCAGGGCCUCCUCCAUCAACAGAACCUGAGUGUCAGCCAGAGUCCGAUCUCUCCUCAAGCUCUAGCCCAGAUACUGAAUCUCCAGGAGAAUGGACAUAUCUCUUCUUCUAUCGCCAAGCAGGUGUUCCAGGAGCUGUGGAAGACCCCAGGUAAAACGGCCCAGCAGAUCGUCAAGGAGCAGGACCUGGGGAUGGUCAACGACAGCACAGAGAUCCACAGGAUUUGCCAGAAGGUGGUGGACUCACACCCAGACCAGGUCCAAGCUAUUCGCAGUGGGAACAAAAAGGUUCUGAACAAGCUCAUGGGUCUGGUCCAGAAGGAGACUAAAGGCAGGGCUGACCCAGUCCUGGUACGGGCCAUCCUGGAGCAGAAGACAUCCUGAGGACUAACUAACACUGUCUUUGGCCACCUUGACUGCCUCAACUUUUAUAUGCUUGGUGGAAUAUCAAACUGGUCCAAGAGGCAGCAAGCAUGACAUCUUUAUGGCGUCAUUAUAGUUAUGGCGUCAUCAUAGUUAUGUCCUCUGGUCAAGAGGAUUAUUGUUGCUAAAUCAACUGUCUCUCAUGUUGUCUUCUGGCACCAUACCCGCCUUUAAGUUGUAUUAUUACUUUAUUUGUGUACAUAAAUAUAUUCUAAUUCUC